UGCCUUCACCUGGGCCUAGCACAGAGAAGACGCCAUAGAAGAAGAACUGGCAUUGUAAACACAGAGAUAUGGCUGACGAAGGAGGCGGAGGAGACAACGUUAACAACAACAACAUGGGGAACCAUCUGCAGCUGUUACCAGACAACGAGGAAGAAGAGGAGGAAGAUGACAUGGAAACUGAGGACCGAGACAGUGACGAGGCGGAAAAACCCAGCACCAUCACCUUUGACCCCAGUCUUCCCACAUCUCAUGCUCUCAAGACAUCACAUGUUUGUGCUGCGAUUCAUCCCCUUCCUCCCGUGUCUCUCAGAAUCAGACAGGCCAAAGUGCAGAUCCUGCCCGAACGGAUCCUUCCAGACCCGCUCUCUGCUGUGCAGCUGACGCCACUUUCAAGGCUCCACACGUCCCCCUCCUCCAGACUCAGAGCUCAGAGCUGUAAACAGGCCCAGCGCUGGUUGAGCCAGCAGAGGAAGUUUCACUGUGCCAGCCUGACUCCAUGGCCUCCCUGGGUCUACUCUCUCUACGACUCUGAGUCGCUCAUGAACAGAGUGAAGAAGCAGCUCCACGAAUGGGACGAGAACCUGAAGGAUGACUCACUCCCAACAAACGCCGUAGACUUCUCCUACAGGGUGGCUGCCUGUCUCCCCAUAGACGACGCUCUGCGACUGCAGCUGCUCAAGAUCGGCAGCGCCAUCCAGAGACUCCGCUGCGAGCUGGACAUCAUGGACCGGUGUACGUCGUUGUGCUGUAAGCAGUGUCAAGACACAGAAAUUACGACAAAGAAGGAGAUCUUCAGCUUGUCUCUGUACGGCCCCAUGGCGGCAUACGUCAACCCUCACGGUUACGUUCACGAGACGCUGACUGUCUACAAAGCCAACAACCUGAACCUGGUCGGCAGGCCCUCCACGCUGCACAGCUGGUUUCCAGGGUACGCCUGGACCAUCGCUCAGUGCCGGACCUGCGGCUCUCACAUGGGCUGGAAGUUCACGGCCACCAAGAAGGACUUGUCUCCGCCUCGUUUUUGGGGUUUGACCCGCUCGGCCAUGCUGCCCCGCAUCCCGGAGGGGCAGGGCGAGGACGGCGACAAAGGUUCUCGCCUCCUCUGCCUGUGACUUCAGACCAUCCGCUCCUCCUCUUCGAAAGUGGCCUCCCUACGCCCCGCUCUCCUGUCAGUGUCAAACUGCAAAUACUUUCUAACUUAAUAGUCGUCAGUGCAUCGCAACAGCUGCAACAUGUGGCAGAAAAUCCAUCGCCAUAGAAGAGGGGGUCUUUGAACGGCACUUUUCAGGGUCGGUUUCAGGAGGAUGGGUGGAGGAAUGAGAAGGAGACGGAGACCGACUGCCUGAACAGACUGGGAACUAGUUCAACAUCCCUGCAUGCAGCAGCUGCACACCAAGCUGUUUCCUCUCUGUACGAAGCAAUAUGGCUGAAGGUUCACACACACAAAUAAACACAAAAUGGUCGCUUCAUGCUUUACGAUCUCUACUGUUCUCUCCCUGCGGUGCAGAGGCUCAUCUGCAUGCAGCUGGCACCGCGAUAGCAGCCACUUUGUUUGGUGAACUUGUUGUAAUUUCAGCUGUUUGUCCAAGAUAUUUUAUCUGUCGUAGAGCAGCGAGGUUCGGCUCAGUAAAUUAGAAUAUAUUUGAACAGUGAAUCUGUUUCAGUAAUUCACUUAUUCAUUACGCACUGGGUUAUAUUUCAAGUGUUUGUUUCUGUAAAUGUUGAUGGGUUUAGUUUACAGCUAUUACAACAUUCACUUCCUCGGAAAAUUAAAGUUAGGUGGAAAUGGAUUUUUGAUGCAGAACUGUCACUGUACUGAAAAGUCAGGGCUCCGUUUGUAUGAAUUACUGAAUUAGUGCACCGUAAUAUGGAGGUCCUGGGUCUUCAGGAGGCUCAGGUCGGCUGGGGGGAGAGUAAUGACUUGGUUACACGUAUCCUUUAUUUAGAGCAGAUAAGAAACUUCUGAUGGUGCCUAUGGUUCAGCACAAAGAGUAACUAUUUCCCUUAAACUAUUCACAAUCCUUUCAAGACUGAAGUUAUCCCAGUUGAUUUGUGCACUUUUUUCAGUUUUUCCUUCCACCUAACUUUCCACUAAGAGGCUCGGAUACAUUGCGAUAUGAUCAGUCGGAUACUUUGGGUUUUUUUUAUUCUCUAUGAUUGUGGAAAUCUAUAUUGUGACCAUAACAUAUCUGUUUUAAUUUUUUUUUUUCCUUGACUGUAUGUAAUAUUUACAUUUUCCUGUUUUUUUUUUCUUUUACUGAAAGCCACAACCAUCAAAAUGAAAAGAAAUAAACACUUUAAAUAUAUUAGAGUAAUGAAAAGGAGUUUCACCUUCUGAAUUCGAUUAUCUGAAAUAAACUACAUUUUCAAAGAUUUUCUAAUUUAUUAAGAUGCAUUCAUGUACAUAUAGAUCUGUGAUAAUGGACUAUGUUUGAAAUGUUAGAUCUGAGAUAUUUUUGUAUGCAGGAAUUGUUUUUUGUUUUGUUUUGGGGGGUUUUUUCUUCCAGGAUUAAUUUAACAUUCUGUCUGAUGUGGGGAGGAACCAUGCAGGUAAUUAUCACAGCCAUGUUUUCUUGUUUAACCAAACAAAA